GUGGGUAUGAACAUUGCCUCUCUGCACGUUUCACAUAAUAUCGGAUUUAAGACUAGAGAUUAAAUAAUUCGGAACUAUUGUGUGUGAACACAAUAUUUGGAUUGGCACCAAGAUUGAACAAAUCAUUUGACUCCAAGUUGGAUUCCUUGAUUUUUAAGAAAAGAAAGCACAGGUCACAUAAAAACGGGGACCUUAAAAUUAUACUUCCAUAUGCGUCUAUGCAGUAUUUAAGCGCUCAAUAACAACACAGGCGAGCCUAGUAAUAGCUCCUGAUCGGCUGUCACUGCAGUUUAUGCCGUUAAGUAAUCCUGCCGCACCAACAGGGCAAACAUGACUAAAGACAAGAAGGAUAAGGAUGAAGGCGAAGAGGAGUUUGAUGCCACUGAUGAAGGGGAGCCUGAAAGGGAAAAAUGGGCAAGGCCGAUUGACUUCGUUCUGGCUUGUAUUGGAUUCUCAGUUGGACUGGGCAAUGUUUGGAGAUUUCCAUUCUUAUGCUAUAAAAACGGAGGAGCCAUAUUCCUGAUUCCCUACCUAAUAUGUGUGUUUAUCGGUGGAAUCCCCAUGUUCUACUUGGAGGUUUGCAUCGGGCAGUACAUGCAGACAAGUGGAAUCAGGGCAUGGAGACUUGUGCCUCUUUUUCAAGGAGUUGGUAUUUGUACCAUUAUGAUCGUGUUCUUCCUGGAUUGUUAUUAUAACAUCGUACUGUGUUGGGCCUUCUAUUAUUUCUUCUCCUCCCUGAAUACAUAUCUUGUCUGGGGCGACUGCAAGAACUGGUGGAACACAGUUAGAUGCACCGUCAACGGAAUGUUUCCCGAAGAAAACGCAGCUCAGUAUCGUACUGUGAACGGGACAAAGGCAAUCGCAAAUGAAACGGGGAUAGCGAUGAGUAUAUUCAACGGUACCAUCGGGGAUACAGUCACAGAGUUCUGGGAGAACAAAGUCCUUGGAAUUGAUCAGAGCACAGGGAUUGACGAUCCAGCGGGGAUCAAAUGGGAUCUGGCCUUGUGCAACUUGUUUUCCUGGCUGGUCGUAUACCUAUGCAUUUGCCAAGGGAUCAAGACAUCAGGGAAGGUGAUGUACGUUACAGCAACGUCCCCGUAUAUCUUCAUGUUGAUCCUGUUGAUUCGUGGAGUUACUCUACCUGGCUCUAUUGAUGGAUUACGAUACUACAUGGUUCCACGGGCAGAGGAUUGGGCUAAACUCGGAACUAUCAAGAUCUGGGUAGACGCAGGAAGUCAGAUUUUCUUUUCCAUGUCCAUUGCUCUUGGAACAUUGACUGCACUUGGAAGUUAUAACAGAUUCAGACACAAUUCCUUCAGGGAUACACUUAUAUUUGCAUUUGCAAACACGGGUACAAGUAUCUUCGCUGGGAUUGUGAUAUUCAGCGUACUCGGGUUUAUGGCUUAUGAACAGGGUGUGGACAUCCAGGAUGUAGCAGAAGGAGGUCCGGGUCUUGCGUUUAUUGCAUACCCUAAAGCCUUAAACCAGAUGCCAGUAGCGCCGCUAUGGUCGGCCUUCUUUUUCAUAAUGGUUAUCCUAUUGGGUCUGGAUAGUCAGUUCGUAGGAGUCGAGGGUUUCAUCGCUGGUUUGAGCGAUCUCUUUCCGAAGCUCCUUAGAGCUGGUAAAAGACGAUGGGCAUUUGUUGCCUUCGUUUGUGCUAUUAUGUAUCUGGUGGGACUCAGCAUGGUAACAAGGGGAGGAAUGUUUGUUCUACAGCUGUUCGACUAUUAUCCGUGUAGCAGGCUGUUAUACUUAGUUGCCAUGAUAGAAUGCAUCGUUGUUGCCUGGAUAUACGGAGUUAGGCGAUUCUACGACCACAUUCAGGUGAUGUACGGUAGACUAGGUGGGCAUUGUUGUGUCCAAGGUGGACGAUAUUAUUACAUGGCAAUGUGGGCGUUCUUCUGUCCCCUUUUCUGUCUGAUUAUGUUCAUCCUUUCACUGAUUGGUUACUCUGAGCUGAGUUACACGAGGCCCAGCACAGGUGUAUACAACUAUCCAACAUGGGCGGUUUGGACUGGAUGGGGACUGGCUUUCUUCACAGUUUCUUUUAUUCCAAUCGUCAUGCUGAUCAUGUUCUGCUGGAAAUAUGUAUGCGGGGAUUGGGAAUUCCGUGAUCUAAUCAAUCCAAUUGGACUGAAACCAUUCCAACUAAUGCCUGGCGAGAGCUACCGCGAUACUGUUCCACUGAAGGAUACAACAGAGAAAUAUGCAGCAGAUGGAAGCAAAAAACAAGACUAUGCUUAUGCAAAUGAAGGGUACAAGGUCGAUCCUAACAGAUUCUAGUUGGCGUUGAAGUAGAACAUGAGUUGUCGAGUAAAUAAGCUUAUAGAUGGAAGUUGUAUUGAAUGAAUUUAGAUACUUGUAUAUUAUAAUAGUGACUCACAACUAAGAACGAUUCCAAAUGGUUACAAUGUUCAGUAUGAGUCGAGUGUUUAAUAAGCUAAGCGGUUGUCUGCAAUGAGUUAUACAAGAGUCAAUAUUGUGACAAAAUUUCACCACAUGUAUACACCGAACAACAAAAAGCAUUUGCUAUAGACACAUGCAAAUUAAUAUAC